AUGAGUGAGAUUCAGCGGAGAGUUGCCAUCAUCGGCACCGGUAUUGCCGGGUUAACCCAAGCUAUUGCACUCAAGACCAAGCUUAAUUUUCACAAUUUCACAAUAUAUGAGAAAGGGUCUGAAGUCGGUGGAGUAUGGAGGGCCAACACAUAUCCUGGAUGUUCGUCGGAUGUCGAAAUUCAUUGGUACAGCUUAUCAACAGAUCUCUACCCAUACUGGAACAAGUCUCAUGGCCUUCAGCCGGAGAUUCAAGCCUACUGGAUUAAGCUCUCGAAGAAAUAUAAUCUAUAUUCACAUAUCGCGUUCAAUACAAAAGUGUUAUCUGCCGAGUGGGAGGAUGCUAAACAACAAUACGCCAUCGUCGCAGAAGAUGUCUUUUCAGGCAAGAGGACGACGAGUGUGGCCCACGCUGUAAUAUCUGCACUUGGCAUUUUGGAGGCGCCAAAGAUGCCAUACGAGAUCCCUGGAGUUCGGAAGUUUCAGGGGGUUUCGUUUCACUCCGCACGGUGGCCAAGUUCAAUAGAUCUGCAGAAUAAGUGUGUUGCAGUGAUUGGAAAUGCCUCUUCCGGAGCACAAUUCGUGCCAGCUAUAUCUGAAGAUCCAUCUGUCGAAGUAGUAAACUUCAUCCGCACCCCGACCUGGUUCAACACUCGACCACGUAUUCCGUACUCCGACACUGCGAAAUGGAUAUUUGCUAGCAUCCCCCUAGUGAUGCGACUUACGUUAAUCCCUUUCACUCACCCAUGGGUGAUGAGGAUCUCCAGAAACAACGCGAUGACGAAAUACAUCCUCGAUAACACACCGGAUAGAUACCAUUCUCAUAUGAUUCCUGAUCAUCGUACGCGUCUGAUCAAGGAGUUUUCUCCAGGUUGCAAGCGGACCGUCGCGGACAGUGGUUUCCUGAAAAGUCUCUAUCGCUCUAACGUGAAACUGAACUUCGACGGAAUCGCCGAGAUAGUGGAGAAUGGCAUUGUCACAAAAACUGGCGAAAUGUUACCAUUUGAUGUCAUUAUAUACGCAACCGGAUUCAUUGGCCGGUACCCGAUGCAUGCUCGAGGCUUGAAUGGAGCCAUUGUCCAAGGCUAUUAUGAUGCCCAUGGUGGCCCUACCGCAUACAUCGGGACUGCAAUUCCAGACACACCAAACUUUUACUUGAUAAAUGGUGAGGAUAUUUGUUGUGGAAAUGCAAGUAAGUACACCUUGAUUUUUUUAUCUUUCUACUAUCUUUCUACUCAAGCUUGUCGUAAGGUUGCAUACAUCCUUCAACUCAUAGAGCCGGUCCUUACCGGUUCUGCCUCAUCUUUUACCAUUAAAGCUACGCCCACAGAUACAUAUAACGACAAGCUACAAGAACAGCUCUCUCGCUCGGUGCACGUACACUGUUUCUCUUGGGCGCGUACGAACGGUACAGGCAAGACAUUCAAUCCGUUUCCUUGGCCUACGACAGUUUUGUGGUGGUUACUUUGUAGACCGAACUGGGAUCAUUAUACGGCAGUCGGCGCCGAGAAAUGGGCGUGGGCAAGGCGAAGAAAGCUACUUGAGUAA